GGUUUUGGAUCUUCUACGCGCGCUCGCGAUCUUGCCUACGAAUUCGAACGCUAUGGUCGACUAGUACGAUGCGACAUCCCAGCGCCGAGGACAGCUGCUAGUCGUCUAUUUGCAUUUGUUGAGUAUGAAAGCCGCCGCGAUGCCGAUGAUGCAUAUCAUGAAAUGCACAAUCAGCGCCUUGACCGUGAUGAAAUUCUUAAAAUUGAAUGGGCUCGAACGCCCCCUUCAGCUUCAUGGCGCUUUGACACAGGACGUGAUCGGGAUCGUGAGCGCGCACCACCAGGACGCCGUUCACCCCGUCGCAGUGGCCGCUCACUCUCUCCUAUUCCACGACGUGGCAGAGGUGACUUCUCCCCGCGCAAAGACGAUCGCAGAGAUCGCGACCUAGAUCGCGACCGUGAUAGUACGCGCCGACAUAAAACUACCGAGCGCUCACGUAGCCCUCAAGACAGGCCCCGCAGUGUUAAAGAGGAUCGCGAUAGAGAUGAAGUUCACCCAAACCCUACAAAGGCUGAAGAGAGGAAAGUAAAAGAAGAUUCACCACCAGAACGAAAUAAUCAUGAUGAGUUGGACGUUGCGGAAUAA